CAUACUCAGUACUCUAGAGGUUUGGGUGAAGAAACACCUGCUUGACUUUUAGUGGAAACGUCUCAAACCCAUUCCUGAGGCAAGGAAUAAAAACAAAAAAAAAAAAAUAGACAAGUGAGAAUGAGGGAUCCUAUUACUGGGAUAGGCCAUAGAACAGGUGGGUAAUGCCAUCAAUGGAAAGGGAGUGCCCAGGUUCCGCCAUCCCAGCCCCUCACUGAGGGUGUCUGAAGAAUAGGAGGGUAGAGCAUCCAAGUUGUUGGACAGAUAGACCACUGUUCUUGGGUAGAAGGAUCCCAUGAUACAGAAGAUAUAUAUAUAUAGAAAAUCUGAAUUUCCUUACUGAAUUCUUAUCCCAUGUAUCUAACUUUUUUAGUCAUUUUGCUGACUUUUCUUUCCAGAUCCCAGGCUGAGUCUGUAGCAGUUUGUGCUCUCUUUGAUCGCGUGUUCAAUCUCUUUUGAGAUCCCUUUUACUCAUGUGCUUUUGUUCUGAGACAGGGCUUGGUCCUGCAUCCCAAGGUGGAGUGGAACUCACAGCGGCCAUCUUUCUUCUGUCUUCCGAAUGUUGACAUUAGCUGUGUGAGCCACCGUGGCUAGUGACUAGGAACUGGUUUAAUCUUCAGUCAGCACCUCUGCUAUCUCAGUACUGUUUACUGUGGCCAUUGGGGUAUAAUGAUAGUUCCGAGGAGUCAUUUUGCCUUGCAUACAUGUUUCUAAUGCUCUGUAUUAAAGUGUACGUAUUUGGUAGUCAGCAUAUCUCUUCUGGUUUUAUAUUAGGAUCUUUUGGAGCAGACACAUCUUGCAGCCUUAAUCCCUUGGAUCACUCAUGAGGGAGAAAACAAACCUCCAUGCCAGCAAAUGCAUCAAGUCGCUCAAGAGAGAGAAAUAAAGUACAAUUAGUUAAAACUCACUAAUAUGUCCCUAAUUACCAUCAAAUGGAAAAUGGCAAGCUCAUGACGCAGAGUACGUUGUGAAGCAAAAUCGUCCAGGGGUCGGGGAACUAGUAAACAAGCAAGCAGGAGAAGGACGCACAUGAGGGGGACGAUAGGCGAGAAAUGAGGUUAAACUCAAGACGGAAAGAACAGUGGAAUAUCACGGGAAAAAAGAGACAGAUUGUUAAAUAGGAUAAGACAGAGUGGGACAAAGAAAGAUUUCUGCACAGUGCAAAAGAUCCAAAAACAAAACUAGGUAAAUUAAAAAAAGAAAAAAGAAAAGAAAAGGCCCAAGGGCACCAAAAGAGAAGCACGACAAUGUCAACGUCAAUUUAUACCAAAGUGUAAUAUUGAUCAGAAAAGACAACAGACAAAAUAGAAAGUUUGCUCAGAAAUUCGGAAAUGUAGGUGAAAUAAGAUGGGUGUCUAAAGGGAACUAAAAAUGAAAACCUAAAAUAGUAUUUUUAAUAGUAUAUUUUUGUAGUAGAUACAUUUAACAUAGUAAAGUGGAAAUAUUUUUACAAAUGUAGUACAGAGUGACACAAGAGGAAGGCACCGGGGCCGGGGCAGGGCGGGUAAAACAAGAAAAACAAAAAGGAAAAGGAACCAAGGCUGAAGGGCUGAAUAGUUUCUUCCAAACUUCUUCAUUUGAAGCUGCUGGUUAGAGCACAGGGUUGGGGCAGGCGCAGAGGAGGAAGAGGCUCUUCCAAAGUUCACGUCAGGAGGUCCCUUCUCUGUGUACCAUCGUCCUCUGCUGGCCACAUUUUGCUUUGCAGCUUGUGCACUGGACAUGUUCUCCCACCCUUCUGAAAUCCCCACCCUCUGAUUGCAUCCUAUGGGGUGGCCAAUGUUCUAGCUUGAGAGUUGCUCUGUGUUGCGCAUGGGAGGAAGCACCGUGUCAAGGAACUCUGUAGGAGAAGGGUCUCUCUUUGCAAUCCCCUCACUUCUGACACCUGCCGGGCUAGGUAUUUAUCUUCCUGCUAGAGCAAUUCGGCCGUGCAUCCGUAGAUCUACAGAAGCACCAGAGCCUCAGAACUUCCAAGACUCCUCAGUAGUUUAAUGCUGCUUUGUGGCUUCGGGGUUGAUUUCCUCUCUGACCUGAGGAUUAGGGCUAUCAAACCUCAGGGUUAUGCUACCUUGCUGAGAUCUACUAGGGAGCAACCUUUUCAGGUCCAUUUUCUACCUGAGUGGAGCCCUUGCCCCCUGAUCUUUUCAGCUUUCAGGCUCAGACCUUCUGUGUUCCACAGCUACCAGUCAGGGCUGUUUCUCAUUCUGGGGCUGUGGUAAAUCACACUCAGGCUUCCUGACUUAGGUGUCUUUGUUCCCCGCUUCCUACAGUAGGAGCUCAGUUUAAACAACAGACUCUGUCAACAUGAUGUUCAGCCACCUCCUAGUGAGGCAGUGAUAAGCCAGGUUCCCUCUCUGUGGCUUCAGGAAUCAUCCCAAACUUGCAAUCAACUUUGAAGCUAUGGGGAUCACGGUCCUUCCCCUUAGAGCCAUCGUCUGACUGGAGCUGUGUUCACCGUGACCAAAAGCAACUUGGGGAAGAAAGGACUUAUGUCAUUUUUCAUUUCACAGUCCAUCAUAGAGGGGAGACAAGGUGGGAACCGGAAGCGGGAACUGGAGCAGGGACUGUAGAAGAACCCUGCUUAUAGCCUUGGUCCCCUAGAUACUUAGCUUUUAGAACCACCUAGGCCUCCCUGAGCAGAGUUGGUAAUGCCCACAGUGGUCACUGGUGGUAAUGCCCACAGUGGCCGUCACUGGUGAAUUAGCAAAGGAGACAAUGCCCCAAAGACUUGCUGAUAGGCCAGUCGGGUAGAGGCAAUUCCUCAGUUGAGAGUCUCUCCUCCCAAGUACGUCUUAGGUGUAUGUCAAGUUGACAAAAACUAGCAAUGACAGCCUUGUGCUUAUAAGUAUGCCGAGCAACAAACCAAGAUUUCAACGUGUCACAAUGGAGUGUUCUAGAGACAUUCUUUCUGAACGGUAGAGCUUUUCGAGGGAAUAUCCUUCCAUACAAAAUGAAGUUACCUCUCCCCAAACUCUCUGGUAAAAGUAGCCAGCCAAAAAUUGAGGUGAAACUCAAGGGCAGUUAAUGAAAACGUAACUUUAAACACUCAGAAGGCGUCUCAUCCAAAUUCCGUUUAUAAUCCUUCAAUUAAAAACUCAGCACAUUUUUGGUAGUGUUUAAAGUUGAUUUAGUAAUCUUUUAAUUAAAAAACAACAUUUAUAAUAUACAACGUUAUUAAGGAGAAAGGCUUCUUAGAUUUGGAAAGAAAAGGGCCAGCCCAACACAGCCGCGACUCUCUUCACAGCUGUUGCAUUUGCUACAAAGAAAUAAUGUUGUAUGCACAAAGAUAACUGUACCAAGGACAUUCAACACAGCCUGGCUCAUCCUACCAAAAAAUUGGAACCAAAUUGAGUGUUCAACGACAGAGUCUUGGCGGCAUAAAUUAGCACCUGUCAAAUGUGAUGAUGCCUAGUCAUGGUUUUAAAGAACGGAUUGCAAAGGGAGAAGCAGUUUCAAGACAAAAGGAGCGCUAAGUGGCUCAGCGGAGGGAGCAGCCAAGUGUCUGAGGAUUCUGCCCCUGCUUCCUCUGGCUCAGGGUUUCCGGACUUCAUUUGAACAGCUUUCUACUUUUGUCAAGGAGACGGCUGACUCCACGAGGGAAUUGUCAACUAGUAAAGCCCUUUCUUCAGAAAGUGUGAAUCGAUGGUGACUGUAAAAACCCAGGAUCUGGGGAAGAUUUCCUGAAACUGUGCGUGAGCACCUGUAAGCCUGCUGUUUCUCAGCCUCCUUAAGAGUGACAUCUUAGCAUCCCUCUCUUCCUAAUCCAUUUGCCCAGAGAUGGCUACAGAAGGUUUUCUCUGUCUGUCAACCCUCUCAUGUAGAAAUAGUUCUAUAUCCUUUUAAACGCCUUGCAACACUGCUACCAUCUCUGGUCCAUCAUUUCUUACAUAUGUGUGCAUUUAAUUAAUCCUGCGUACGAAUUAAUUUGAUUGGCUGCAUCUCUUCCCAUUUUCCUGUUAAGCCUUGGUAAGAAGUGUGUGUGUGUGUGUGUGUGUGUGUGUGUGUGUGUGUGUGUGUGUGCAUUCGUGCGUGCCCACCUGCCUGCCUGACACAGUAUACAGCUACACAUCAGAGACUAGAGAAAUACUUUCAGGAGUCCGUUCUCUUUUAUCAUCUUGAUUCUGGGGAUUUAGCACCCUACCCACUGAGCUCUCUCACCAGCCCAAUUUUCUCAUUUUGAGACUGGGGUUGAUGUCUUUUCCUGGUUUAUUUCUCCAGGACAAUGUGAGGAACUAAUACAUACUUGAAGCCAGCCCACUUUCCUCUGUCUUUUCUUUUGAGAUAAUUACAGGUUCACAUGCAGUUGGGAGAAACAAUACAGUUAAAUCUUGUACAUUUUCCCCCAGGUUCCUAUCGUGUUGGUUGUACAAUUACGGUGGGGCACUGUAAUCUACUCACUGAUAUUGUUCAGAUCCACCAGUUUCAUGUGCAUUUAUUUGCACAUGUGUAUACAUCUAGUUCUCUUUUAAUUUCCCCAGGCUGCUAUAACAAUAAACCACCUAGCUUACUUACAAUAAUACGAAAUUUUCUUUUCUUUGUGAUGGGGACUAGACUUCCAAAUAUUAAGGUGUUUCUGGGGUUGGGCUUCUUCCAAAGUCUCCAGGGGAGGAGUCGUGUACGUCUUUUCCAGCUGUCACUAAUUUUUUGGUGUACCACCCUAUUCCCUGUUGCUAAUAACACAGUAUCAAAAACCAGUAAGUAAUGAGUGAAAUAGGUUAUUUGAGCUUAGUUCUGGUCCUACGAUCAUUGAAGAAUUGAGAGGAGGGAUUAAGGGAGGAUAAGGGCCUUGAGAGAGAAAGUGCUUGAGAGCCACCACCAGACUUGGCCUUCAUGAUGAUGGAGGAGUCACACCCUGAGGCAGCACGGGGCAUCAUGUAGUUAGAUAUGAAGAAUAUACAUAUGUAUAUGUAUGUAUAUAUGUAUAAAUAAUAUGUAAUUAAAAUGGAUAGAACCAGGAAUCGUCAUAUUUAGCAAAAUUAGCCAGAACUAAUAGAACUAUUACAUAUUCUCUGUACUAUGCAGAAUCAUAUAUAUGUACACACACACACACAUACACACACACAUAUGUGAAUGAUGAUUCUUGGUUCUACACAUUUUAUUUUGGAAAUUACACAGUAUUUUUGUUACUACUACAGUUCAUAAUUGCUACCUUUUCUGUUGCAAUAGUAAAAUAGCACAACCAAAAGAAACUUAAAAAAGGAAAUUUUAUUUUAGCUCACGGUUCCAGAGGGACAGACUCUUCAUGGAAGGGAAAGAAUCAAGAAGCUGGCUGGUCACAUUUCAUUCACUUACAGGAGGCAGAGAGGGGGCAAGAAGUGGGGAGAAGCUCUAAACCAGCAAAGACUACCCCCAGUAAGAAACUUCCUCCUGCAAGGCAGCAUACCCCAAAGGUUCUAUAACCUCUUCAAACAGCAUCACCAACUGGGGAUAAAGUCUUCAAAUAGGUGAUGUUUACAUAUACCAUGUUUUAUCAGUUCAUUGGUUAAUACACAUAUAGGCUAGUUCCAUAAGUUGGCUAUGGUGAAUAAAGAUAGUGAGACUAGAAGUAUGAAUAUGCUAUAGUUACUUGGAAAUUGAAAAUCACGUUUUUCAUUUUCUUCCCUCUCUUGAGAAUGUGCUCACAUGGGUAGAGAGAAUAACUAUUGCAACACACUCAGUUGUUUUCAGACUUCAUAGCUGACAUCUUAUGAAAAACUUGAAUGUCCUUAGCUCCUAAAUAUUGGGGAUUUGGAACUGAGUAUAUAUAUUUGUGGACCCAAUUCAGCACAUAAGAAAUGAGAAAUAUUAGGCAAUUUUAUCACACAGAUUUGUGUGGUAUCUUUUCACUGGACAGAAAGACUAGUUCUAUCUCAAUAAAGAUCAUCUCAUAGCUAUGGAUAAUCUUUUACAUUUUUUCUUCAUUCUUGUGAAGUGUAAGAAUAGCAUUCCUCUCCUCUAUAUUUUUCAUUGAUAUCUAUGCAUCUGUGUCUAUGUAUGUAUGUAUGUAUGUAUGUAUGUAUGUAUGUAUGUAUCUAUCUAUCUAUCUAUCUAUCGUUUCAUCUAUAGACCUGUUUAUCUAUAUAAUUCAUAGAUCUUUUCCAAUGCAGAAAAUUUUAUUUAAACAUGUCUCUAUAAUUAUGUCAUUUAAAAGCUAUUAUGUAAAUGAGAUUAUACAGAUCAUUGUAUAGCCCAAAGUAUUGUACUAACACACACAUAGACACACACAGACACACACAAACACACACACAUACACACACACAUACAGAUCCACACAGUUAUACACACACAGACACACACAGAUACACACACAGAUAUACACAGACACACACACAGACACAUACACAGACACACACACAAACACACACAAACACACACACAGACACACACAGAGAUCCAUACAGACACACACACACACAAACACACACACAGACACACACACAAACACACACACACAGACAUACACACAAACACACACACAGACACACACACAAACACACAGAGACACACACACACAUACACACACAGACACACACAAACACACACACACAGAUCCAUACAGACACACACACAGAUCCAUACAGACACACACACAGACACACACACAGACAGAUACACAGACACAGACACACACAAACACACACACAGACACACACACAGACACACACACACACAAACAGACACACACACAGACACAUACACAGACACACACACAUACACACACAGAUCCACACAGACACACACAGACAUACACACAUACACACACACAUCCACACACAGAUCCACACAUACACACACACACAGACACACACACAUACACACACACAAACACACACAGGCACACACAGACACACACACAGAUCCACACAGACACACACAGACAUACACACAUACACACACAAACACACAAACACACAGACACACACAUACACACACAUACACACACACAUACACACACAGAGAUACACACACAAACACACACACACAGACACACAUACACACAGACACACAUACAAACGGUAUAUAUUGAGAUGUUCUUAUGGAUUUUCUAUGCCAAGAAAUGUCAAGAGUUUCAGAGUGUGAUUUUUUCUCCCUCAGUUAUUUUCUUCUCUUGAUUUGUGUUGUAUAUUGGUCCGUACUUUACUCUUCCGUAUCUUCUUGACCAAGGGAAGAUUUGGGGUCACAGGAAAUGUUUGUUGUCGGAUGAGAGAAUAGAGAUUCUGAUUGUACUCUGACCCUUCACUGUACCUUUAUUUAUUUAUUAUUUACAAUGUGAAUGAUCAUAAUUCUUAAUGCAAUAUCAUAACAUUUCCAAUCUAUGGAACUCUUCUGUCGACUAUGACAGGAGAAAAACCAAUAAUAUACCAGCCACCGAAGGACACAGUAUUUGAAUUAUAUGGAAAUGGGAAAAAUGUUCUGCCCCUCCCUUAACUUUUUGAAGCAUAGACAUGCAUGGAUACGGAAGACACGUGAUUUUGUAACCUACUCACCUGACUUUCAGUUACUAUAGUUGGGAGGAAGGCAUCAUCUGAUUUUUUUUUAUUUUUCUUUUUUUAAAAUUAAUUAAUCAAUUUACAUCCCAAAUGGUGCUCCUACAUGGCAGUCUCUCCUUUACUAACUCCCUCCCCAAAACCCCCUCCUCUUUGCCUCUUGAUAUCCCCCCACCCUAUCAAACCAAGUCUCUGCAGGAUCAGGCUCAUUGAGAGACAUGAUCUGCAAAGAUUGAAUACUGUUACUAUAGAAACAUUAUUCCUGGUGUUAUUCACCAAUAUGCUUAAUCCAACUGCCCACCACGGUGUCUUAUGCACCAUGCUCGUUUUAGGUCCACUCUCUAAGCAUAAGGUAUCAAAUUACAUUUCUAAAGAGACAGAACUGAAAUGGUAUUUGGAGGACUCUAAAUAAAGCCAAAGGGUGAUUGCUCAUGGAGGCCAAGCCAUUUUCUUACUAGAGAGUAAGUGGGGUCUAUCUCCAAGCUUCUUCAUUGUCUGACAUUACAGCUACUUUUGUCUCCUGCAAGUGUUGUAGCAAUUUAGCAAUCUAUAGACCUGACUCCUUUCCAUAAACAUGCAUCCUGUUAGCUGCCUAAUUCAAACUCACACACGAAUUCUGAGACGUUUGCUUAUCACGAGCUAUAAUUUAAAUGUAACCUCUAUAGAAGCCAUUCAGCAGUGCCUGUGUGUAAAGUGUAAUUUAGUCUGUAGAAGCAAUCUUUCCCUCUACCUUCUAAUAUGUGAGCUUGUUUGCUAAAUAAUCAUUGGAGCAUUUUGCUCAAAGCAGUGGUUUUAUGUAUUUUCCCCCACCACCACUCAUAAACAUUGCCAAGGUAAAUGAGACUUCUUUGGAAACUGCUACUGUCAUGUAGUUUUCAUUUGAAAAUGUCACAAUAAAGCUGUUCUCUUUGAUGCCAAGAUGUGUGGAAUGUUGGCACAUGAUAAACACGGCGCCUAAACACGUAACAUAAUGAAUGGCCCAACUUUCUUUAAAAUGAGAGGCCUUUUGUUAUUGUUAUUCUAAAGGGUCUGGAUGGGGGACAGAGAUGGGAGUAAUGUAGAAUUUAUACAAAGCAACAAAGGUAGGAGUUUAGAGGAAAUUAUUAUUAUUUGCAGCUUGAACCAAAUGGAAAGGAAGAGAAAUUUGGGAGGAAAAAAAUGUACUUCAAAUAAGUGAAAUGGAGAUUACAGUCCCGACUAUGCCAUUAACAUCAAAUUACAAGAGGCUCUCCCAGAAGUCAGCUGGAGGCACAGAGUAAAAGCAAAGUUUUAAAGGUAUAAUUUAAGAAGUACAGGGAACAUCCAAAUAGAAGGAGAGCUAUAAAGACAGCAACAUAA